AUGCUUCAGCUUCAGAAAAACCAUGUGGGCGCCAUCAAUAGCUGUCAUCCCUACAUCCAUGUGUCAUCCCUCCUCUCCCCUCCUUUUCCUCUGUCCUCGGCUGCACCGCUCAUCCUCAGUCCGCCUUUUCACACACAUUUUCGGCUUUUCACAUUGCGGAGAAACGCUGUAGAUCAACGAAGAAGGUCCAUUUACACAAAAAUAUCAAGAAGACCCAGGAUGCGGCUGGAGAGGCGGUGGCUGUGGGCUCUGCUCCUGUCCCUGCUGCUGGGAUCGGGCCGAGCUCAAGACGACUCCGACUCUGAGAUGGAGGUGGAGGACAGUCUGGGUCUGGACGAUGAGGAAAUGAGGGUCCUGAUGUCAGAGGAUGAAGCCGUCGCCAAAAGGUUGGACAUGGAGAGCAAGAAGACUGCGGCCGACUCUGCAGACGCCAACAUCUCCUUUCAGGUGACAUACAAGACCCCUGUGCCCACCGGGGAGGUCUACUUAGCAGAGACGUUUGAUGACGGAUCCCUUGAGAAUUGGCAACUGUCAAAAACUGUGAAAGGCGACGCUGAUGAUGACAUUGCAAAAUACGAUGGGAAGUGGUCAGUGGAGAUGCUGAAGGAGAAUAAAGUCCCUGGAGACAAAGGUUUAGUCCUGAAGUCCAGAGCGAAGCACCACGCCAUCGCUGCUCUGCUCAACAAACCGUUUGUGUUCAAGGACGAUCCUCUGGUCGUGCAAUAUGAAGUGAAUUUCCAAGAUGGCAUAGACUGCGGCGGCGCGUACAUAAAACUCCUCUCAGAUGAAGGAGAUCUGAACCUGGAGCAGUUCCACGACCGCACUCCUUACACCAUCAUGUUUGGACCGGACAAGUGUGGAGAAGAUUAUAAACUCCACUUCAUCUUCAGACACGAAAAUCCUCUAAACAAAGACGUGGAGGAGAAACACGCUAAGAGAGCCGACGUGGACCUCAAGAAGUUUUACACGGACAAGAAGACUCAUCUCUACACACUGGUCCUAAACCCAGACAACAGCUACGAGAUGCUGAUCGACCAGUCCAGCGUGAGUCGUGGAAACCUGCUUCACGACGUGGUCCCUCCGGUGAAUCCUCCGCGGGAGAUCGACGACUCCAGCGACUCCAAACCCGAGGACUGGGACGAGAGGGCCAAGAUCCCCGACCCUGAAGCUGUGAAGCCCGAGGACUGGGAUGAGGAGGCCCCAGCUAAGAUUGAAGAUCCAGACGCCCUGAAACCGGAGGGUUGGCUCGACGAGGAACCUGGAUUUGUCCCUGACCCCAGCGCGGAUAAACCUGACGACUGGGACGAGGAGAUGGACGGGGAAUGGGAGGCUCCUCAGAUCCCGAACCCGGCCUGUGAGACUGCCCCCGGCUGUGGGGAGUGGAAGCGUCCCCAGAUCAACAACCCCAAAUACAAGGGCAAGUGGAAGGCUCCGCUCGUGGACAACCCUAACUAUCAGGGAGUGUGGAAGCCCCGCAAAAUCCAGAACCCGGAGUUUUUCGAGGACCUGCACCCGUUCAGGAUGCGACCGUUCAGAGCCGUCGGCCUGGAGCUGUGGUCCAUGACGUCUGACAUUUAUUUCGACAACUUCAUCGUCACGUCUCACAAAGAGGUGGCCGACCGCUGGGCCUCGGACACAUGGGGGCUCAAGAAACUGGUGGCCAGCGCCAAUGAGCCGGGGAUCUUUGCUCAGCUGACGAUGGCCGCGGAGGAGCGCCCGUGGCUCUGGGUGGUCUACGUUCUGACUGUGGGACUCCCGGUGGGUCUGGUCGUGCUCUUCUGUUGGCCAAAGAAAACAGAAGAUGAGUAUGUGUACAAGAAGGUGGACGUCCCCGCGGAGGACGCAGAGGAGGAGGAAGAGGAGGACGAAGCUGCUCUCGCCGAGGAACAAGGACCAGAGAACGGAGACGCCACGUUGGCUGAAGCUGAUGAGGAGGAGGAGGAGGAGGAAGAGGAAGAUGAGGAAGAAGAAGAGGAGGAGGAGGAGGAGGAGGUGAACGGUCUUUCAGGGGACGAUGACGAGGAAGGAGAGGAGGAAGCCAAAGCCACAGAGACGAGCGACCUGAGCAAAGGCGAGGGCGAGGGCGAGGGCGAGGAGGACGGUCACAAACAGUCAGUGAGAAAGCGAAAAGUCCGUAAAGACUGA